UUCGGCUGAGUGACGGUAUAUAAGCUUGUGAGAGUCUCUGAGUGGGUUCACUGCAGUGGCCUGAUUCAUCAGAGCGAAUUCACUCUUGUCUUAGAAGUAACCCUAAGUUAAAAAUGGCCCUUGCCGGAAUCCUGAAUGCCGCUGACAUCACUGCAGCCCUUGCGGCUUGCCAAGCUGCUGACUCUUUCAAGCACAAGGACUUCUUUGCUAAGGUCGGCCUCACCGCCAAGACCCCUGACGAGAUCAAGAAGGCUUUCGAGGUCAUUGACCAGGACAAGAGUGGCUUCAUUGAGGAGGAUGAGCUGAAGCUGUUCCUGCAGAACUUCUCUGCCGGUGCCAGAGCUCUGACCGAUGCUGAGACCAAGGUGUUCCUCAAGGCCGGUGACUCCGAUGGUGACGGCAAGAUCGGAAUUGAUGAGUUUGCCGUCAUGGUCAAGGGUUAAAUAACUUAGCUGAACAACGUCUUACUUCACUACUCCAAAGGAACAACUUGAGCAAAGACAUACUUCUCUCCCUCUCCUCUUCCCUCUCACUCUCUCUCUUCAACUCUCCACACCACUUUUAUACAAUUGACCUUUCACCAUCCGAACGUAAACAAACUGCUCCCUCUCUCUCUCUCUUUCUCUGGCCGUGCUCACCCCUUUGCUGUCCACAAUGAAUGUACCUGACUAAGUGUAUAGCAUGGUUGACUUUCCCUUGUUGUGUCUUUCUCUCUCCCUCCCACUUCUGUCGUCGUUUUACUAUGUGAGUUUUGCUUACUGUGAGAUCAGUGAUGAUGCACUUUUAUGGGAAACGGACGGACAAUGAGACAACAAUAAAGGUUCUUUUUCAAUAACA